AUGCGAUUUGUCUUUUUCUGGACGUCGCUGUCCUUGCUAUGCGUACUGGGCCAAGCUGCCCCUCCUAGCGUUGUUCAUGCAACAUCUGCAAAGUCUCCGAAGCCUUCAAAGCCUCCGAGGCCUUCCAAGCCUGUCCCUUCUUCAUCUAUCCGCCCUAAUGGAACCUCAAAUUCAUCGGGUUGGAAGAAUGUCCAAUGCACUUCCAAAAUCACUGACGCGACGCUGAACCCCACCGCCCGUUGGGAUGCAGCAGAUGCAGAUGAUGCCCUGAAAGCUGCUUUGGCUGCCUGGUCUUCUUCGGGUUCUGCCAGUGGCUUAAACUUCCCCGAAUUCAUCAGCAAUUACUUUGUUGGCCCAGACAACUGGAACUGCGGAGAUAUUGGUAAUGUUCCUUGCUCUACGGUGCUCACCUGUAAUCAACUCAAAUACCCUGCUGGGUAA